AUGCAGUCAUGUGACCAGAAAUUAACAAACGAAUCUUACCAUCUCUUUCUCUUUCUCUUCCUCUCUCUCUCUGUCCGUCACGUGAUCAUAUUACUCUCUCAGGUUACAGCCUCUCGCCUCGUGGCCAUAGAGUUGGGCUGUGCAUGCAUAAGCGUGCAAUAUAUUGACAGUUUGGUGGUGAACAACCUCGACUGGUUUUGUCAUAAUCUUCACCAAGAAGACCAACCUCGCAGCCAUCGAUCGAACACACCAACGAUGCCCAUCACGUUUGAUAAGGAAAAGUUCAAAAGCGGAGUCAGUUCCGUGCGGAGCAAGAGUGGCUCUGCCAAGGGAAAAAUGGACGGCUUCAGAGCAAAGUGGAAUGGCAACAGUUCGUCAUCUGCCGGCAGUUAUGAACCUCCCGCUGAAAUCACUAGCCGACCUCUCACGUCGCUUCCCGAUCCCAAAACCUUUGCUCCUCCUCCUAAACACCGUGAAUGGUACGGAGACGAAGUUAGCCAACAAUCACUAGCCGUCGCUAAAGACGCACAGUAUGUCCAGCAACCUGCUCGACCUCAACCAGCUGCUCCUGCCGCAGCCCAACCUCCUGCUCCCGCUGCUUAUCAGCCUGCUGCCCCAGCUGCCGCACAACCGGGUGCUUAUCAGGCUGCUCCUGCACCUCCUCCAAGAGCAGUGCCUGCUCCUCCUGGUGCAGCAGCAGGUGGCCCUCCUCCUCCUCCUAGACCUGUUCCCACACCUCCAGCGGCAGGGUAUCAACAACCAGCAGCGUACCAGCCAGCAGCGGCUCCUGCAGCUGCUCCUCCUCGAGAUCAGCCUCCCUCAUACGACAACCUCGCCCCACCCCAGACUCCCUCCCGACCCCCUCCCAUGCCUGCUAGACCUGGCGCGCCCACACAGCCCUACGGAAAUACCCCACCAGCCUCGGAUCCUAAUGUCUACGGGGCUCCUGCCGCCCCUGUAGCUGCCACACCCGCUGCCGCCGCUUCCACACCCGCUGGAAUCAACUUUGCAGCCCAGAUCGCUGGCCGAAGAAGCUCUGCAGCAUCCUCCGUCUCGGACAUCACCUCGGGGAUGGCCCAGACUGCAAUUGGUAAGAAGAAGCCUCCGCCACCUCUUCCCAAGAAGAAGCCCGGUCUGGCAGGCAAACCUGUCCCUGGAGCCAAACCCACUGCUUUUGGUGCUCCAGCCGCAGCUGCCGUUGCUUCAGUGCCUGCUUCACAGGCGGCAUCAGCAGUUGAGGCUGCUCUGGGUGCACAGUCGUACUCCAAGGCCCCUGCAUUCGUGCCUCCUCCUUCUGGAAAGCCUGUGGACACCCAGAUGCACACCCAGUGGUUCGUCAACGACCAGCCACCCCCGGAUCUCCAGGGCCUGGGCUGGACUUCGCAGUUCUCAUCUUCUGGAGGCACCACUACGAAGAUCUAUGCCUUCAGAAUCCCAGAGGAUCUGUCUAUCAUCAAACUGCGCAUCGUCUACCCUACUAACAAUCCUGCUGCAGCUACUUGCGAACGAAAGGAUGUGCCUCCUCCUCGAGAGCUGACUCCCGGAGAGCUCUACGAGUACAACCUGCAGUACGGAGAUGGAGUGGCUCGAUGGGCCGAAUCAAUGGUGGGAACCCAGGUUGGAGACGGAGAGUGCUGGACUCUUGCCAAGAAUGCCAUUGAACAGAGCUCCCAGACUGCCCUGGUUUCGCAAGCCUACACCCAUGGCGCUCUGAUCUACCAGCAGAAUGGCUCCACCAAUAACCCAGCUAACAUUGUCAAGAACGUGGAGGCUAUUCGACGAGGAGACAUUCUGCAGUUUUACGAGGUCAAGUUCGAAUCUCGGUCCGCUGGUGGCUUCUCUUCCGCGUCCUACGGCGUGCCCAACCAUACUGCAGUGGUUGUGGGAGUUUCUGAGGGCCAGAGAACAGUCUACAUUCUGCACCAGAACACUGGUGGCUCCAAAAUUGUGCAGCAGGGCCAGCUUGAGCUGGCUGACAUGACCAGCGGCGAGCUCAAGGCCUACCGAGUGGUGGGGGCCGAGUGGGCUGGCCAACUUGACUGCUCCAUGUAA